CACUCAUUCUUCCCCGGUUCUUGGGGAGAAAGGGCGAAUACACGUGUGUUUGGGCACAUGUUUUUUUAACGAUAUUAUUUAAUUCUUUUUUUUUUCUGUUAAAUUGACCGAUAAAACGCCAAUGAUGUCUGCGUCAAGGAACAAGGAAAUACACACAGACAGUGGAGAUGGUGUUAUAAAGGCAGAAGGUCCCGAUGCCGAAGAGGAUCCUCCCGUGGUGAGUCGCACACGGAGCGGCCGCAAAGUUCGAGCGCCCGCGGCGCUGGUGGUCUCCGGCGCACCGACCACCAAAACUCCCGUCCGCCGCACCAGAAAGUCUGUUAUCCGAGAAGAUCCCGCAGAGAACACGGAAUCCCCGCCCGUAAAACCUGCCGAUGUAUCUGCAGCAGACACAACUGAUCAGUGCACCUCGAUUACAGAAACAGUGUGUCCAGAUUUAACAGAUGCAACUGCAUCAGCAACAACAGAGGAAAAGCAAAUAGAUUUAAAAGGUUCAGAUCAGAACAGUGAGAAGGAGAACGUGGUAAAUAACACCGAGACAGGGUCCACAUGUUCCACUCACCCUGAGAAAAAGGCCAAAAAAAGGACUCGGUCAGAAUCAAGUGACAAGUUAAGUAAGAUAGUUCCUCUUGGGAAACCCAAAUCUGGAAGAGUAUGGAAAGACCGUAACAAGCAAAGGUUCUCUGCUCUGUUGAGAGACAAACCUCUGCGUACUUCAUGGGAAAAGAAGAUGGAGGCCAAGAGAGAAAAGCAACUAGUGAAGCAGUACCACCAGCAGCUCAAAGAUGAGAAGGCCAAAGAGAAAGAGGACAAGAAGAAGAGGAGAGCAGAAAAUCUGCGAAGACGAGCAGAAAAUGAGAGAAAAGCGGAGAUUGUGCAAGUGAUUAAGAAUACUGCAAAGAUCAAGAGAAUGAAGAAGAAACAGCUGAGGAAGAUUGAAAAGAGAGACACGCUCUCAGUGCUGCAGAAAACACCACCUAGUGUCAAGAAAGGAGCAGGGAAAACAAACAGCAGCUCAUAGGGGGUUUAGUUGAUGUGAGAAUAUCUUGAGACCUAAGCUUGCUGUUAUGAUAUACACUUUUAAUGCCUGUCUGUACCACUGGCCCGCUGACCUCUUUCUGGCAAAGACAGGGUUGGAAAUAAACCCUGCAGGAAGGUGGUUCUCCAGGAGUAGGAAUGAGUGACUAUGUUCUGAUGUAAUACGUGUACGGCGAAUUGAAAUGCAAAUAAAUGUUUUUAUUUCAUUGA